AUUUUUUUAAAUACAUCACUAUGGAGACCCAAGAGCCCCUUGAGAGUACGCCUCUUAGCUACAAGAGGAUAACAGUUAGCUCGAAACUCCCUGGAAGUGGCUGAAGGUAUACGAUAAAUAAGCCAGGGAUGCACCCUAAGCAUAGUUUUGACAACCAGAAACAGAGAGAAAUAAUGGAGGAUAAAAUUAUUAAUGGCUCUAAGAGUUUUAAACAGAGGUCAGAAGUCCUACUUUCUCACGCUAUUAAUAAAAGCAAGUGAAUUUCAGCAGAAAUACUCGAUUCUCUGGACUUCGUCAGGAAAUCUCCUCGAAGAAGGAAGUCCCCGAAAGUGUCUCCCUUGAAAGAGAACUUACUUGAUAGUAGCAAGCCAUUCCUUUUUACUACUAAGAAGGGGAAGAAGUUCCCUAAAUUGAUGAAUUCAGAGUUUCGGAGUCGAAAUACUGAAAAUGUGGGACUCAGUAUGAAUACAUCAAAGCUCACGGAUAACUAUUCCUCUAUUACCAAAGUUAGGAAUCCUUCACAGAUGAUUAAGAGUUUUAAGAAGGAGGCCACAUCUUUUGUAAAUAACGCUCCUCCGAAAUGGUCUCAAGUAAGUCCAGGGAGUACGGCUUCUUAUAAGUCCAAAAAGAGAGUAUUCGAAGAUAACUGUAGCAAAAUAUCGAUAUUUUUGAAAACUUUGGAGAUGCUAUCCCUUCACUGGAGGAUAAUCCACAAGAAUUCUUAUCGAUACAGGCUUAAGAAAAUGCCUGGGCUUAAAUAAGCUGAUGAAUGCAAUCCCUAACAGAUUGGAGGAGUCGUAUUAUUAUGACACCAAAACUGUGAUUCUGAGCUGUAAGAACCCAGUCGUGGCUAUUACUCCGAGUGAAGAGUUCCCUCUCAGUGUCGAUUUUAUUUUUCAAGCGAGCAAGCUCCAAAUUAGUUUAAUGAACAUCCAGAACUUCCUGUGUAAAAUUGAUGAUGCUUGAAGGAAGUAUGAGAAAGCAACCAAAGGUUUCUUUAAGAAAUUUUGGAAUAAGAUAAAGGAUGACAACCCUAUUGAAGACCCUGAUCUCCAAAUUAGUCUGUAUGAAAAGUUGUGAGACUUUGACCAAAAUUUAAGAAGUCUUGAAUUAGCUUAUGUUCAUAACUUAAAAUAAGGUACUAGUUAUGCAGAAAGAGAGGCAAAGAAAACAGAUGAAGACUAUCAAUGAGGAGGAAAAGCACAUAUUGGUUAAGACUACCCACCAAAUGCCUCAAAGUCCUCAAAAUAAUGAUAGAUCUUUGAAGAACUCAGCUAGCCUUGCUUCUGGGAAUAAUAUUGGAUCCCAAACUCUCACAGAUGCUGCUGUGUCCACUGUGAUCAGGAAACAGACUGAGAGUGGAGCUUCUGAUGCUGAAGCAGAGCUAUAUAACCAAGUUUUGAGAACAGAUCGGGCUUUUCGCCACCAAACUACUGGAUCUGUGAAGAAUAAAAUCGCUAAUCUAAUGAGCAGGCAGAAGAAGCUGUCUCAAGCCAGACUAAGGAGCAUGAAUAUCACAGAGGGAGAAUCAAGGCUAAAAUCAUCCUGCUCUGGUGCAGAUAAUAUAGGAUACAUCGAUUCUCUGAAGGAUGAAAGGUUUAAUAAAAAGUUCCAGCUUAAAGUAGAGGAAGAUAAAUUUGAAGAUAGUGACAAUAGCGAAGAUAAUCAAGGGAGUAACAAUAUUGAAGAUAGCAUUAGACAUCUCAGAGAUAUUCGGAGCAGAGAUUUCUCAAGUUCUAUCACAAGAAGCCAAAAUAAUUUAGGGAGCAAGAAUCAUAGUGGUAGUGGAUUUAUGUUUGCAGGAAUUCCUUCAAAUGCUGUAAUACAGGAGGCUCUGAGAAACACAUAUAAUAACAGCAAGCUAUCGAGAAAAUAAUUAUUCAAAGAGAACAAGAGUUUCUGUUCUAGACUCUUCCCUUUCAAGCUUAAUGAAAAAUAGUGCAGCUGGGGAUUACCAACUUUUAGAAAAUCAGAAUAAGGACCCAAAUCUGAGGGAGAAAUGAAGGUCUAGUAAAGACUUUAAGGCUGAAUACUAUCACUCGAAUACAAAUCCUCAAUUUCAAUUCAACAAAUACAAAGAUAUCAACUACAACUUUCAGAGGAAGAACAUAACGAGGAAGAUAAAUUUGCCUGAGUUUAACAGUCCUAGUGCUAUUAAUUCUCCUAGUCAGACUCCAAAUUCAAAUAGUCGGGAUAUCAAUAUAACUCCUGUUGUGCAGACUACUAGUCCGAGCUAUAGCGUCCAUAAAUAACAUGCUAGACAGUCGUCAUAGUGUUUAUAAGGACUGAACGUCAAACAGCACUUCCAACCAGAAACCCCCACGGUCAGAGAAAGAAGCAGUUCACCAUAAUCUUUCGAGGGAACUACAGAUUAUUAGGAGAAUGAGAGAGAACUCCCCAGGGUUCACUCCGAGUCCUAAUUCAAGGAGUGAUUUUGUCAAUUAG